AUGCGGCUCACGGACGGGAUGCAGGCGCAGCUCGCGCUCAAGAAUAAUGAGGUGUGCUACAGAGCAGAUGACCUGCCGCCCGUCUGCGAUGCGCUUGUGAUCAUGCUCAUUCUCGACUAUGAUCACAACCACCUCUACCCAGCCACGCUCGCGCUCCCUGACCUCGUGCGCCGCAUCAAUGACACCUGGGCAUGCAAGCGCAUUCAUGUCCAGUAG